AUGCUGCGCGUGCUUGCAGCGAUCUUGGGGCUUCAUUGUGCCGCUGCCUACCGCCACGAGAUGCACCUGAGCCUUCGUCCGGAGAGUUCCAGCAACAAGUCAACUCAACAUGAUGGUGCUAGCGACGUACAGACGUGGCUGACUUGCGAGACAGGGUCCUCAUCAACCGAAUGCGAAGGCUCCGACGGACAGGAAUGGUUCGACUUCAAGUACACUGGUGAUGGCAAAUGUUGCACGCAGAAGUGGAUGACCUGUGAAGGAGGGUCGACAGCUUCACAAUGCGAAGGCAGCUAUGGCCAACACAAGAUUGGUGGUUGGAAGUUCAUCGGGGGCAAGUGCUGCCUUGUUACCGGCUCACAGGCGUGGCUGACUUGCGAGACAGGGUCCUCAUCAAACGAAUGCGAAGGCUCCAUUGGACAGGAUUGGCACACCUUCAAGUACAUUGGCGGAGGGAAAUGCUGCACACAGAAGUGGAUGACCUGUGAAGCAGGGUCGACAGCUUCAGAAUGCGAAGGCAGCUGGGGCCAACACAAGAUGGGUGGUUGGAAUUUCAUCGGGGGCAAGUGCUGCCUUGUUACCGACUCACAGGCGUGGCUGACUUGUGAGGCAGGGUCCUCAUCAACCGAAUGCGAAGGCUCCUAUGGACAGGACUGGCACACCUUCAAGUACAUUGGCGGAGGGAAAUGCUGCACACAGAAGUGGAUGAACUGUGUAGCCGGCUCGACAGCUUCAGAAUGCGAAGGCAGCUGGGGCCAACACAAGAUGGGUGGUUGGAAGUUCAUCGGGGGCAAGUGCUGCCAGACUUCAGACUCACAGCCAAAGUGCGGGGGCUAUGACUUCGAAAAUAUUGUGUGGGACGCAGCCGUGGUGCUCGCGAGGUAUCUGGAAUGGUGUGAGGAGCUUCGCAGCAGUGGCCGUUGUGCCGAAGAGGCAGCCGCUGACUUGGACGCAGUCUUCGGACGCCGAUGCUUGGAGCUGGGUGCAGGCUGCGGCCUUCUUGGUCUCUCAGCAGCCUCGCUGGGCGGCCUCGUGACGCUCACGGACCGCGAAGAAACGAUAUCCUUGCUCGAGCGAAACACGGCAGACUUCACCCAGGAGCACUGCCAGAAGAGUUCAUCCAUAUCUGCGAGGCCUCGUCGCAAAAAUGGAAGGGCGCCGGCCUCCGGUACUGCCACGGCACCUUGUGCCGAGGAGGCUCCGAAGGCUGUGCUGCUGGACUGGAGCGAGCCCGUCGAUGAGCAACUUCUCCUGAGCCCGGCCGAGAAAUUCGAGGCCAAGUCGCUUUCAGAUGGCCGCGGUGGCGCCUUGCCUGGCACCAAGACCAGUACGGAGGGCGUCGAGAAAUUCGACGAUGUCGAAUCUGGCACCGAGCUGUCUGGAAGCAGCGGAGCGGUCUUGAAAGUCGCAAAAGCCCUCUUGAAGAAGCCCGCGACGAAGCCUGGCCAGAACUUGAAGCCGGGCAAGAAUGUCGAGGAGGAGGUUGUCGACAAGGAGCAGCCCAGCAAGAAGGACGAGAAGAAGAAGAACGACAACGAGAAGAAGAACGAGAAGCAGCCCAAGAAGAAGAACGACAAGCAGUCCAAGAACGACAAGGAGAAGAACGACGAGCACGAGGACGACGAGCACGAGGACGACGAGCACGAGAACAACGAGCACGAGAACGACGAGGAGCAGGAGGACGACGAGGAAGGCCAAGAGGUCGAUCCCGGAGAGCUGGCUUUGUUGCCAGUCCAGAAACAGCCUUUGAGCUUGAAGAACAUCAAGACUCACGCCGAGCUGUUGGAGGUGAAGGGCUGGUCGGGCAAGGACGUCUGGAACGCCUUUAAGAUGCUCCCCUCGGGAGAGCAACAGCUGGUGUGGAAGCUCUUUGAGAAGGGCCGGCAGAAGGAGGGAUGUGAUCAGUCCUACCGAGAUCGCCGAGACCAGACAUCCGGUGCCGGUGGCAACAAGAGAAAGCAAGACAUGUUGACGAGCUGGCUUCUUGAUGAAGGGAAGUGCGGGGAUUAUUAUCAGAAAGCAUGCCUGCAGCUGACGAAGAUGAGCUCGCGGCAGCUGAAGGUGUCUUGGGAGCCCUGGAAGGCCAUGACGAAUUGCUACGGCAAGACGGAGGCCUUAGCCCGCUUGAAGGCCGGAACCAUGAAAUGGAGAAGGUCGAAGACAGACAGCAACUUUUUGGAGUUCGCCAAUGUGGUCGACAAGGAAGCCGAAGGCUUUGUGAAGCAAAAGAGCUGCUCAGUGGAGGGCCCCGACAAGAAGGUCAAGAAGGAGAGAGCUGCUGCCUUGGACAAGCUCACCUUCGAUGAGCUCGAGGACAUGGAGAUGGUGAAGGGCAUGAAAAUCGACGCCGACUUGAAGAGUGUCAUCACGAGGAAUGCUGGCGGUGUUUCCGAAGACUCGAGCUCCUCCGAGAAGGGUGACAGCAGCGACAGCAGUGACAAGAAGAAGUCGAAGAAGAAAAAGAGCAAGGCGACAUCGUCGAAGAAGACUUCCAACUCUUCGAAGACGAAGAGCAUGGAUGAUUGGGAAAAGUUGUCGCAGGUUGACGACACAGACAACAAAAGUGAGUUCAACAAAAAGUUGACCCUCUUCAAGUCCGAGCUGCAGAAGGAAGAGACCUUCUUCCAGAUGCUGCUUUUGGAGUCUAAGCUCAAGAAGGACGAGAAGAAGAACGUCCAGCAGAACCUGGAUGAUCUGACGAAGACCUUGAAACAGGUGGGGGCGAGCAUUGACAAGAUCGGCAGUAAGGAAGCUGUGAAGAAGAGCCUCCUGAUGGCUUUGACGACGUUGAAGGCUUCGAAGACCCUGAAGAAGAACUUGGCAGGCAAGAAGACCCAGACCAAGGACGAGAAGCUCAAGCGAAAGAAGCAGUAUGUCGAUCGGCACUUGCUGCACUUCCAAGCAUUAAUGCCUGGACAAGGCAGCAGUGCUCAGAACUGCCACAGAGACUUGAUGAAGAUGCUGAGUUCUGGCAGAGCGCCAGAGAGCACUUUGAUCUACACCCCUGUGUCCUUGAGAGACAAGAAAACUGGUGGUGCCGUGGUGGAGCCGAAGCAGGUGCCUCUGUUUCUUCCCCACGAGUGGUUCGAUGUGCUGGAGAAGAACGAGUUGCUCCAGAUGUUCACUGCGACAGAGAAUGAGAUCCGAAAGUUUUGGCAAUGCCAAGACUUUGACACAAAUCCACAACUCUUGAGAAGCAGAGACUACUGGCGAAGCUUCAAUGUCAUGGAAAAACUGCCGGUUUCCUUGAUCCUUCACGGCGAUCACGCCUCUUUCAGCGAGACCGAUUCGCUCCUGAUAGUAAGCAUACGAUGCAUGAUAACCAAGAGAUCGAUUAAGACCUCGGAAUUGUUGAUUGCUUCGUUGCCGAAAUCAGCUAAUGCCGGGUCCUGGACAGCUUUGUGGGAAAAAAUCUCAGAGAGUUUGACACGACUGGCCUCGAGUCACAAAGCUGUGGUCAUGGCUUUGGUAGGAGACCUGGAGUUCUUUGCACAAGAGUUCGGAUGGCCCACGGCGAACAGCAACGAAUUGUGUCCAUACUGCAAAUGUGAUAAUAGAUUCAACGAUGCAGAUGCAGUCGCCCCGUACAACGACUUUAGAGCUGGUGCUGAGUGGAGAAGGCGGCCGAGAGAACCAAGAGAAAAUGAACACCCUUUGUUCAAAGUUCCUGGGAUAAAUUUUUGGUCCCCGAAACUCGAUGUGUUGCACAUGUUAGACCUGGGAGUCAGUUCGCAUGUUUAUGGAAACUUGAUCAACGACAUUUUGGAGGACCACCUGCCUGGCAACUUCGGUGCAUCCCUUGGAGCUUUGAAUGCAAGAAUCGUGGAGCUGUACGAGAGUCGAUCGAUCCCAGCGAAUGCCAGAAUCCCGAAGCUGAGCAAAGGGAACAUUCAUGGUCAGACUGGGUACCCGUGCCUGAGCCAUGUGAAAGGGCGACGAAUACGCCAGUUCUCGAGUGUGGCUGUGGAUCUGGCAAACUUGUACAAGCACACAGACACAGGAAAACAUCGUUUUGAAGCAGUGAAAGCCCCGGACGAGAUUUACGAGCUCUGUGACAACCAGAAGUAUAAGUGUGACAGAAGGGAGCAGAUUGUUCUUUUCAUAUUGGAUAUCAGGCACAGAAAGAUGGAGAAGGAGAUUGACAAACUGCUCCUGCACUACACUUUCUUGAGCAGAGAUGCUUUCGACAGAGGAAAGAAGAGGUACAGUGUCACCCAGAAGUUCCACCUGACGGCACAUUUUCAUCUUCCGUGUCAAUUUAUGACACCAAGACUUGCUUGGACCUAUGGUCCUGAGAGUUUCAUGUCGGUUUGCAAGAAGAUCGCUGCCUCAUGUGAUAGAGCAACUCCAAGCUACCAGAUUCCACUGAAGAUUGCUGGAAAAUUCGCCUUAGCUUACGAGCUCCUGCUACGAGGAUGGCUGAAUCUGGAUGAAGAUGAGGUCGUGCAUGGUGCAUCUUCUGUUUUAGCCACCCAGACCAUCAAGGGUCCAGACUCUGGAAUCUAA